GCCGGAGCCCGGCCACCAUGACCGAAUACAAGCUGGUGGUCGUGGGUGCGGGGGGCGUGGGCAAGAGCGCGCUCACCAUCCAGCUCAUUCAGAAUCACUUCGUGGAUGAGUACGACCCCACGAUCGAGGACUCAUACAGGAAGCAAGUAGUCAUUGACGGGGAGACCUGUCUGUUGGACAUCUUGGACACUGCAGGCCAGGAGGAGUACAGUGCCAUGAGGGACCAGUACAUGCGCACGGGGGAGGGUUUUCUCUGUGUAUUCGCCAUUAACAACACCAAGUCCUUCGAGGACAUUCACCAGUACAGGGAGCAGAUUAAGCGAGUGAAGGACUCAGACGACGUGCCCAUGGUGUUAGUGGGGAACAAAUGUGACCUGCCAGCCCGGACAGUGGAGACACGCCAGGCACACGAGCUGGCCCGAAGCUACGGGAUCCCCUACAUCGAGACGUCCGCCAAAACUCGCCAGGGGGUAGAGGAUGCUUUCUACACACUGGUGCGGGAAAUCCGGCAGCACAAACUGCGGAAGCUGAACCCCCCGGACGAGAGCGGCCCGGGGUGUCUGAACUGCAAGUGUGUGAUCUCCUGACCGCGGGGGUUGAGGCUGGGGGUUCGGAGGUGCAGGACCCGAGUGAGGGAGGGAGGAGCCAGUGGACGGAGGAACGGAUGGAGCAUGGUGGCCGGACUGACGGACGGUCAGUUGGAAGGAAGGAAGGAAGACAGUGGCGGCCGCCCUUUGACGCUGCUGCUGCUGCUGCUGCUGCUGCUAGAGUUCCUGGUCCUGCUGGGAGGGCCAGACAGGGCGCCUCUGAUCCCCCCGAAGGCUUUUUGCACGGACUGUCUCCAACUCCUCGGCCCCAAACUGCUUCCUCUGCCCCCCCUGCCCCUCUGCCCGACCCACAGGGCUCAUUUCAGUAAAUUAUUGGAUGGUCUUGA